AUAACGCCGCGAGGCAUUUCGGUAGUAUCUAAGGAAGAGAACGGUAUUUUCACGACGGCCUUUGCUUAAAUACCCCAAAGCAGAUUAUAUCAUUCCUAUCCGAUCAAAUGGGCAAUUUUCUUUUAAUUUUGGGUUCAAUGUCUGGGGUGUUGAUUGUAUCAUGGAUUUGGAGACUGUUUUAUACGAUCUGGUGGAGACCCAUGCAGGUGAGCAGUUAUCUGAAUGAUCAAGGGAUCAGAGGCCCCCCCUACAGAUUACUUUUUGGGAACGUAAAGGAGUUCGUGAGGUCGCUGAAACAAGCAUGGGAGAAGCCCAUGAAUCUAUCCCACCAGGUUGGGCCACGUGUCCUUCCCUUCCUCCAUCAAACGGUGGAGACCUACGGUAAAAUGUCACUUACUUGGGAAGGAAAUACUCCAACUGUUAACAUCAUGGACCCAGAGCUGAUCAGGGAAGUUUUAUCUAACAAGCUUGGCCACUUAGAUAAGCCAGAGCAACACCCCAUUACCAAGCAGCUCAUCAAUGGAGUUGCAGUCUACAUAGGCGAAAAAUGGGCCAAACACAGGAAGAUUAUCACUCCAGCAUUCCACCUCGAGAAAUUGAAGAGAAUGUUGCCAGCAUUCUCAACAAGCUGCAGUGAAUUGAUCAGCAGAUGGGAGAAGUCAGUUGGUUUGGACGGGUCAUGUGAAUUGGACGUGUGGGCUGAGCUCCAGAAUUUAACUGGAGAUGUCAUAUCUCGAGCAGCAUUCGGCAGCAGCUACAAAGAAGGCAUGCGAAUAUUCCAGCUGCAAACAGAACAAGCAGAGCUUGUUGCCCGGUGCUUUCAGAGCGCAUACAUCCCAGGCUAUAGGUUUUUCCCUACAAAACAAAACAUUAGGAGAAUGGAAAUCGCCAAAGAAGUGCAUGCACUCCUGAAGUCUAUUAUCAAGAAGAGAGAGAAGGCGAUGCAAAUGGGAGAUGCCAAUAAAGAUGACUUGUUGGGUUUGCUAAUGGAGUCCAAUUUCAAACACUCCCAAGAACAAGGACACCCGAAGAGCACUGGGAUGACGAUCGACGAAGUGAUAGAAGAGUGCAAGCUAUUCUACUUUGCGGGACAGGAGACCACCUCGGUUUUGCUGACAUGGACAAUGGUGACCCUGAGCAUGCACCCGACGUGGCAAGUUUGUGCAAGGGAAGAGGUUUUGCAAGUCUUUGGGAAAGAUAAACCAGACUUUGAUGGUUUAAGCCACUUGAAGAUUUUGACUAUGAUUCUUUAUGAGGUUCUUCGAUUGUACCCGCCCUUGGCUCUCCUUAUUCGGUUUACUCACAAGGAGACAAGACUAGGAGGAUUUUCCCUUCCGUCAGGAGUACAACUCAGCCUACCAGCACUCCUCAUUCAUCAUGAUCCUGAAUUGUGGGGUAAAGACGCGGAUGAAUUCAAUCCAGAGAGAUUUGCAGAAGGAGUUUCAAAUGCAACAAAGAAUCAAUUUGCAUACUUUCCGUUCGGUUGGGGCCCACGGAUAUGCAUUGGGCAGAACUUUGGCAUGAUUGAAGCUAAGUUGGCAUUGGCCAUGAUUCUACAACAUUUCUCAUUUGAGCUUUCGCCAACCUAUGUUCAUGCUCCUUACACUGUUAUAACUCUUCAGCCCCAACAUGGUGCUCAGAUCAUCUUGCACAAACUCUAAGAUCAUCUUCGUAGUCCCAACCUUUAAUCAUCAUCAUAUGAAGUUCUAGAGUUAUAGUUGGUGCUUCAAAUGUAGUAUGCGUACAAGCGGUUACAGAUUCAAGUGAUACACUUGGAAAACAGGUUUAUGAAAAUUAAGCUUACUUUGAGUUGAAUCGAUUGUACAUUGUGUUAAGAAACAAUGGUAUGGGAAAUAUUUGAAUGAUAAUAAAUCAAAAAAUAUAGAAUGUCACUCUUGUUCAAAA